AUGGCAUCAAAAUCUUCUACAGCAUCAGGGUUACGAGAAGCGUUUGAUAAAUAUUCUAAAUUUGGCAAAACUCAUGCACAAUUAACUGAUCAUAGUGAACUUCGAAUAGGUUCAGCUGGAAUACAAAAAAUGAUGAAAGAUUGUUCAUUAAUUAAUUCCAAAUAUACAUCACAAUUAUUGGAUAAUGAUAUUGCACGUGUACUUGGAAAAUUAACAACAGGAACACCUGAAGCUGGUUGUCCUCAUUAUCCAAAAGGAACAAAAACAUUUGAAAUAAAAGGUUUUAAAUUGUUAAUUGAUCGUAUUGGUGAAUCAAAAGGUGUUAGUUCUGAUGAAAUUUUAACGAAAAUUAAUCAAAAUGAAGGUCCUAGCCUUACACAUGUAACCGAAACUGCGAAUAAAGAUAUUACAGAUCGAAUGACAGAUAUAUCACACUACACAGGUACACAUAAAGAACGUUUUGAUGAAGAAGGUCAUGGUAAAGGUAAAGAAGGUCGAUCUGAUGAUGCUGAAGCAACAGGCUAUGUUCAAGGUUUUAAAGGUGGUAAUCAACCAUAA